UGCACUUUGAGGAUUAUUGGAGUCAGAAGCAAAUAUGUGCUAAUUACUUCUGAAUUCUAAGUUUUAUGGGUUCUUUUUAUAGAUUCUCAGGAUGUACAUGAAACUGCAGCAGGAGUUCUAUGUCUGCUUGUUUGAUGAAGGAGGAGUUCCAGCUAUUGUUCAGUUGUGUUCGUCUUUUAUCUCAAAAAUGUCCCCAUUCAUGGCUGCAUUGGCUUUGGAAUACAUGUUUGAUGGAAGUGAUCAUAUGUCUAGUACACGCACCUCCUUGUUGUUGUAAAUAAUCGAUUCCAUAAAGUCAGUUUUGUACAUCUGAUGAUACUCGAAUGUCAACUGUAGUUCCAAGCCUGGAGUAUACUUAGCAUUUAUUUGAC